AUGCCGCCAAAGCGCAGGGGAUUCGUCGACAGCGACGACGAAGAUGAGCCGCAACCAUCGAAGCGUGCCAACCGCACCACGCCGAUCAAGGCCGCCCAGAAAAGGCCCGAUACGGCCACGCCAAGGAAGAAGAAGAGCGAGGAUAUCGCAAAGGAAGAGCUGAAGGCCCUCAACGAGCUGAUGCAGGAGAAGAACAGCAAGACGGCCCAGCUUACAAAGGAAAACAAGAAGCUGCAAACAAAGUGCGAUCGCGUCACCGAUGAGCUUCAGCAGCAACGUCACGUGCCGGCAAGCGUCUCGUCACUGAUGGCGUUGAAGGCGAACGGCACGUUGCCUGGCGUCAUCGCUCGAUUGGGUGAUCUCGGCGGCAUCGACCAGGAGUACGACAUUGCCGUUUCCACCGCUUCCGGUGCCUGGGAUAACGUCGUCGUUGAAGAUGUGCCCACGUCGACUACAGUCUUUCAAAUCUGCCGUGAAGAGAAGCUGGGCGUCGUCCAUUGUAUCUGCUUGGACAAGAUCCAGCAUUUGACGCAACGGAUGGAGCAGCAGCGUCAGUAUCCCGAGAACAUGCCGCGGCUCUUCGAUUUGAUCAAGAUCAACGACCAGCGGAUGAGGGUAGCCUUCUACCACGCCGUCCAGGAGACGCUCGUCGCCACCGAUUCGAAUCAGGCCGCCAGGACCAGCCGCUUCAAUGGCCAGCGUUACCGUGUCGUCACGAAAGACGGUGCUCUCUUCGAGACCUCUGGUGUGCUAUCCGGUGGUGGCAAGCCGAAACAAGGAGCUCUCGGCAAGGACGCGAAGAAGAACCUCGACGACAAGCAGAAGCAGCUCGACGAGUUGCGCGGCGAGCUCCAAGAAUUGGACACGGACAUCCCCGGCCUUUCGGCCCGCUACAAAGACCUCAAGUCGAAGGCGAGCACGCUGGAGAUUGACAUUUCGAAUGCUGAGCCGCUGCUGAACAACUACACCAAGAGCUUGAAAGACGCCGAGGCCCGGAUGAAGCAGAUUGAGAAUGACGUCGACGCGACCAAGGUUGAGGAGCUCGAGCGAAAGAUGGCCAAGGCGAAGAAAGAGCACGCCGACGCUGUUGAAAUUGCUGACAAAUGCCGAGCUAAGGUCAAGGCAGUUGAUGCGCGCAUCAAUGCCGUCAGGGCCGAUCUGCUUACGCGUUGGGAAGAUGAUCGCAACGAGGCGCAAAAGAAACGAACUGACGCCGAGGGGCGGACCAUUGCCAGGAGAACGCCGCUCUCAACCAAUCUGACACGUCAAAAAGAGACCGAGGCCGACAUUGCGCAGCGUGAGGGCGAGAUUGAGGUGCUGGAGAAGGAGAAGGACCAAGGCGGCGACGACGAGGAGGAGCUGAAUCAGCAGAAAAAAGAGUUUGAGGACCGCAUGAAAGAGAUCGCCGAGGAACUGAAGGAGUUGAACGCCAAAAACGACGAGCAGAAUCGGCGGGAGGUCGAACUCGGCACCCGAAUCAAGGACCUCAGCGGCGAGGUGCAGGUCAUCAAGGCCGAAAUUGCGCAGGCGCAGAAGCAGAUCAAGCAGACGGAGGAGAACCGCGCCAAACUGCCCACCCACGACAUCACCGGCCUCGGCAUCGACCAGUCAAAGAUGGACAUUGAUGGUGAUGACUUGGUGAAGAAACGGAAAUUCCUCAUCGAUAUUGACGACGAUGAUCGAGCCCUCCGACAGAACCUCGAUCUUGACAUCCCAAUGGAAGAGGGGGAGGAUGAAGCCGCCUAUCGGCAACGUUGUGCGGACAUUGAGCGCCAAGUGGACGACCGUCAGCUUCGGCUCCAGAAUGAAUGCGAGGACAAGCGACGCCGGCUCGAGGAAGAGAUCAGCGCGGAUGAGAAGGCGCGCCGGGCGCAGCGUGAGCAGGAGUGCCAACAUCCUCUUAUGACCGGCCACAUGCCGGAAUACAGUGACGAAGAGGUGGCCGCAUUCAAGGAGGCGGACAUCGACUUCAAGAUCAAGGCCUACGAGCAGCAGAACAUGCAGGGGAAGGUCCAGCUGAAUCUUGGCAUCGUCGAGGACUACAAACGAAAGUUGCAACGAUACACGGCCGAGGUGCACAAGGUGGAGCAGAUUCGCUCGGUGGUCGUCAAGUUCAAGUCGAAAUACCAGGAGCUGAACACGUGCCGGCUGACCGAGUUCACAAGGAGCUUCCAACGCAUCAAGGAGUACGUCGAGCAGAUGUACCAGAUGUUGACGAUCGGUGGCAACGCGCAGCUCCAGAUCAAGGACACCAUCCGGCCGUUUGAGCACGGCAUCCAGUACCUCGUGCGCCCACCUAAAAGACGUGGAAGAAGAUCCAGAACUUGUCGGGUGGCGAGAAAACGCUCUCAUCGCUCGCCCUCGUUUUUGCUCUCCACAAAUUCAGGCCUACCCCCCUCUACUUCAUGGACGAGAUUGACGCUGCGCUCGAUUUCCGCAACGUCUCCAUCAUUGGGCACUAUGUCAAGCGACCGGCUAGUCGGUAUCUACAAGGUCGACGACAAGACGCGGCACAUUGUCGUCGAGCCGAGCGGCGUCUACGAGAAGGCCAGCAUCAAGCAGAAAGUUGUACAACGGGUGGCCGGCAAGGAUGGUUACUGGUACCUC